UGCGCUUUUCUUGUCCCUGUUUUCCCCUGCGCGCCUCCCUCUUUUCGCCAACCAUUAUAUUUCUCCCUCAGUCGCUGGUCGUAACGAAUUUGUUUGAUCUCUACUAGUACUAGUACUAGUCGGAGCUAGCCAAGGAUAUGUUUCAUGGGGUGGGGUUCAUUUAUUUAACAUCCAUGAUCCAUCCAUGAUCCAUCCCUGUGUGAAGUGUGCUGCUGAUCAGCGAUCAGCCGCUAGCUAGAUGUGUUGUAGGUGUAUUUGAUCAAACCCCCCACCCAUUCUGAUUUCUUAGGCCUUUUAUUCUUCUCAUGAACAUGAAACCACUGAAAUAAGAGCUCGCUGUGUCAAGUAUCAUGGAUCAAAGACAGAAAGGAUCAGAGGCAGAGCACAUGAAUCAGAGUAGCAUUGCGCCGCCCAGCAAAAGCUGUACAGAUUGCCACACAACAACAACACCAUUAUGGAGGGGAGGUCCAGCUGGGCCAAGGACUCUUUGCAAUGCAUGUGGGAUUAAAUACAGAAAGCGAAAGAGGGCUCUUGUUGGUUUAAACAAAGGAGCAACUGGAACAGAGAGGAGGAAACACAAGACUACUGGAGCCCCUUUGAAGCUGGGAUUGAAGUCUAUGGAAAGAGAAAUGGUCGAAAUGGUGUUCCACUUCCACAAGAGGAAGUUGAAAGAAGAAGAAGAAGCCGCUAUACUGUUGAUGGCCCUAUCUUGUUCUAGUGGCACUGGCGGCGCCGUCUAUGCUUAAAACUCUGUUUCCUCACUCUUGUAUGUAUCUAAAUUCUAAAUGAUGCUUGUGCAGCAGCUGCCAAUUCAUUUGUAUGAAAUCUGCAACAUUCGUACAAACGAAAAGCCUUCUUUUCUUUGCUUGAUGGUUGUUUUAUGUUUUUCAGCUUGAUAUAUAUAUACAUAUUGGUGGUUGUUUAGAACUUGCUCGAUGGUUGAUAUAUGCUAUCAAAUAGUGAUCAUUAAGUUAAGGCAUCAUUGUGUUUUCUUAGUUGCAGGGGCAUUUCUUCUCAUUGGUAUUGUUUUCUUUUUAGCAUUGUUUUUUCACGAACUUUGGAGAGAUUUCAGAAGGGGAUUAGUGAGUUAACUCAUUAUUACUAAUAAACAAAUUCAUUUAAUUUUUUUUAUAAUUUUUUUUUUUUAAAGUAAGAACAAUGGACCUAUUCAAAAAUCAAUCCUACCAGAGAAUUCCAUGGUAGUUGAGAUAAGAACAUAACGCAUGCAUAUCCAAAGUCCAAUUAAAACAUGAAAUGACUUGUUUCUACUUGCUUCUGGGUUCCUGUCCUCCACAAUCUUCAAUUAUUUGUAUUACAGACAAAAAUAGUAGCAAUAAUCAUCUUUGUUUACAGAUGUUGUAAAGGAAAGAAUCGGAAGGUGACACGCAAAGUACACCUAGACAUUCUAAAUCUAAACUGUUACCACGUCAGUGCAUGUAGUUACACGUGUCUUCACAGUUGACCCUACAAACUCUUUCUACUCCUAGACAUUCUAGGAGGUUCCCCUGCCUGCAGCUCUGUAUUGUUCCAGGACUUUCCACAACUCCAACUGAGGAGGCCAUCAAUUUAAAGAAAGCAAUACGAGCUAAGAAACAAUUGAAUUGAGGCAUAUCAGAUCAGAUCAGAUAAUUUAUUAUAGGGAUCAAAAUGCAAUAUUUACGAAAAACAGUGGCUGCUGCUGUAGCACCAAGGUCAAGGUCAAGGUCAGUUUGGGUGCUUGGCAAUCAAGCUCAAUCUCUACGACCAGGACAUGCUUCGGCCAUGGCUAGUCGCCCUGCUGACCCAGCCCUGCACGCUGGGGACUAUGAAGCUGACCCUGUUGUCACCACCGGAGAUCCUCAAGCUACAGAAAAUGUUGCAGAGGAAAAACCAGCCGCUGAUGAGCAACAGAGGCAAGUAGACAAACCACCCAGCAGCUGGGGCAAAGGAAAAGGAACAGGAACAGAACCGGUUUCACCUCCUAAUAAACCCUCAUAUCCAAACGCCAGUUUCCCAAGGCUAGAGAAGACAGAAGUGACCCUGCAGCCGGAUCCGUCGGACCGCCCAAUCAAUUAUACUCAGAAAAGGCGAGCUAGCCAAUACGCAACAGCUGCCACUGGUUUAUCAUUAGAGAAUUUCGAUUUGGAAAAGGUGUGCUGUGUGGGGCUGGAUGGUACACCCUGGCCAAGGGACAAGGAAAAUGAGGAGCACAAGACAGAUAGAGAUAGGGAAGAUGAACGAGAGUACUACAAGCAUCACAAGGCUUCGCCGUUGUCGGAGAUAGAGUUCGCAGAUACCCGGAAGCCCAUUACGCGUGUAAUGUACGGCACGGCUGCCGUAUCGGAGUAUGGUGCAGGUAGAGAUGUCAUUAGAUGGAGGCCGGAGCAGUUGGACACGGCUGAGGAGGCACUGCUUAGAGCUGCAAGGAUAUGGAAAGAGAAUGCCAUGCGUGGUGACCCUGAUGCUCCUCACUCCAGAGUGCUCAGAGCUCUACGCGGGGAGUCAUUCUGAGUCUGGACAGAUGACUCAUCUAUAUAUGUAAUCUGAUGUAUGAAUGGGGUGUAACAUGUAAUGACAUUUAAUAAUUGUAUAUGUAUAUAUGUGUGUGCGCGCCAGCGUUUGUGAGAAGAACCUAUCACGGAAAGUUAAAACAUGGCAAUGAGUGAUGAAUUGAUGAUGAUAUAGAUCAUAGAUGUUGUGUGAGUAUGCAGUCUCCCAAGGAUUAAAAUGCCAAAUAUCAAAUGAUACAUGUAUAUAUUUGAUCACAA